GUGACGGGUGUGUGUAUGUGUGUGUGUGUGCGCGCGGCUGUGUGCGGGGAGGGCGCGCGCUUGCGAGAGUCAGAGGGUUUCCCGGGAUUACCGAGAGAAUUACCGGACGAACCGCCCGGUGGAGCCGCGGAGAAGAGAAGAGCAGAGCAGAGCCGGUGUGGAGAUGUCUGCGGGUGCAGUGCGGCAGACGCGCAGUCAGAAGCGAGCUCUGGAGACAGACUCUGUGGACAGGAAGUGUUUGCGUCUGGGUUGGAGGUCUGAGUCAGCAGUGUCGGUUCAGUCUUCCAGCAUGCGCAAUGGUGGAGAAGUGAAGACCCUCAAGCUGGAGCUGCAGACAGCGGACGAGCCCACAGACAGCAGCAGCAGCACCAUUUUAGGGGAGGUGAAGCGUAAGCGCUGCUCUGUGUCUCCGUCUGAUGUGAUGGAUCUCUCUGAUGAAUCUCACAGUCCACAACUGAAGAGCAGGAGUCAGCGUACACAGCUGGACACACACCUGCUGAUGAGGAGCUCUGCAGUGCAGCGUGAGCACAUGAUUGAGUGUCUGAAGCAGGAGCUGCGUCUAGAAGAAGCUAAACUCCUCCUGCUGAAAAAGCUCAGACACAGCCAGACCAACAAAGAGCCCAGCGCACAGAAGCCGCUGGUUUCUGCUGCUCCUCUGGUCAAGACCGUCACUGCUGCUAAACCAGCUCCACCUGUGCGGUCAGUAGCUCCGCCUCCUCUGGUGCGUGCUGUGGGUAAGCAGGGCUCAGCCGGUGUUCAGGUCAUGAUGCCGGCGCUGGUCAGAGGAGCUCAGACGCUGUCAGUGUGUCCCCAGCAGCAGCAGCAGCAGAUCUCCUCAUCAGCUCCUCCAGCGCUCAGAUCUGUGGUCAGCAGCGUCCAGAACCAGCAGCAGCGCUUCAUCCAGCCCGGCCUGAUCCGCAUGACCACACUGCCCAACACCGGCCUGCUGAUCAUCAACCAGACGCCGGCCGUGAGCCUGAACUCCUCCUCAUGCAGCGUGAGUGAGUCUGCAGCCGCUGGGCAGGCGUCAGAGCAGAAGCAGCUGGAGAAGCGUCUGCUGGAGCUCCCCGUGCCCACUGCUGUACCCCCCACACUCAGCUUCAUGCCCUCGACUGCCAGUCAGGAGUUCCUGUACCUGCUGGGGCUGGAGGAGGCGGUGCAGCGGCUGCUGCAGGGGGCGGGGCCAGGUUGUCCUGCGGGUGUGUGUGUGCCACUCUGCUGUUCUCUCUGUCACACAGACUUCAGCAGCCACUGGAUCAGGGAUGAUGCGGGUGUGUUGCGCUGCGAGCAGUGUGUGUGUCGCGCACAGAAGCAGCGGCUGAAGGAGGAGCACACACACCGUCUGCAGGCGGCGCUGGCCAAGCUGUCCUCAUCCUCACCUGCGCAGGUGAAGUGCUCUCCGUCUUCCUCAUCAUCAUCCUCGCUCCGCCUCCAGCAGGUGUCUGCUCAGUCCUCUCGGCUGCAGAGUGCAGUAAUGGCUGCUGCUCUGGUCAACAGGCCAGGUGUGAGGAUGGCGUAUGUCAACCCCAGUCUGCCCAAGCAGUCUUCAUCAUCAUCUUCAUCUUCAUCAGUGCAGCGGCACAGAGAGCUCCUGCUGGACAUGAUCCCGUCUCGCUCCGCUGCGCACAACACACACUCCUGGAAGUAAAACUGCGGGGUUAUUCACUCAGGAUGGAGGAAAACACACACCAAACACAUUCAUCAGACUCGGUCCUGCUCUGGCUCGUGUGUGCUGCAGGGGUCCUGCACUGAUCAAGGGUCAGUUCACACACAGAUCUGUCAUUAAUGGAGGCAUAAUGAGAUCACACACACACACACACACACACACACACACACACACACACACACACAUGCAGAUGUUCUCGUCCUGCACAGACAGAUGAUAAACACUGAGCCAUGAUCUGCGUCUGCUGCGUCACAUCAGGAGAGGAGUGUUUCUGCUGAGGACAUUUCAGGAUUCUCUGGUAGACAGCAGGAUCAAAACACCUGCGUUAUCAUUAAUAAACACACAUUCUGGAACAUUCAUAUUCAGAGAGCUUCAAAUAAAGCUGUGUAUGUCUUCAGAUAAUAGAAGGCUCGUGUAUGAUAUGAUUAUUGAUAGAUUAUUUAAUAUAACUUUAUUAUGAUUAUUGGGGAUUAGUGCUGAGGCCACGCCCCCUGUAAAGUCCCCACCCACUUCAGUAGGUGGAGCUACUACUGUGGAAAAGCUCAGUGUGUGUGUGUUCAGUGCUUCAGCUGUAAACACACACAGCUCCAUCAGCACUCCUGUGGGGCAUACACUGGUUAUCAGUGUUGGUGGUGUUUUCUGGAGGGUUUCAGGGCUCCUGCUGUCUGUGGAGGAUGAGGAGCUCUCACACUUCAGCUCUCUGUGUGUGUGUGUGUGUGUGUGUGUGUGUGUGUGUGUGUGUGUGUGUGUGUGUGUGUGUGUGUGUGUGUGUGUGUGUGUGUGUGUGUGUGUGUGCGUGUGUGUGUGCGUGU